GUGGUCAAUAUUAGAGCAGAAAUCCAAACGAACUAUUUAUGCGCGCACAGGGGAAGGAAGUUAAAAGCAGAAAUGAAAGCACUGUGUAAGAAAAGCACUUUAGGGAAAUUAUUGGCGAUUAGCGUGGUUGUGUCUUUGGUGAUGGCGGCUAGAAAAUAUUUUAGUAGACGCACGCAUACUGCGCAGGAUACAUUGCUGAAAAAAACAUUAUGUAGUGCAAAAGAAGACACACAGGCUCGCUCUUUAGAAAAUAUAAGAAAGAAGAGAGUGGAAAGAAGAGAAUGGGCUAUGCCAGUGAGAGAGACAGAAGAUAGGCGCGCGCUAGAUAGACAAGGAAAUAGCAAUAGCACUAUUCAAAGCAGUUCGGGCUCGCAAGCUGUACCUAUUCUAGCGAAAGAGACAGAAGACAAGCACAUACUAGAUAGACAAGAAAGUGAUAGUAAUACUGUUUCUGGCAGUUCAGUUUUGUCAGCUGUACCUAUUCUAGCGAAAGAGACAGAAGAUAACUCUACACUAGAUAGACAAGAAAGUGAUAGUGAUACUGUUUCUGGCAGUUCGGGUUCACCAGCUGUACCUAUUCUAGCGAAAGAGACAGAAGACAAGCACAUACUAGAUAGACAAGAAAGUGAUAGUGAUACUGUUUCUGGCAGUUCAGUUUUGUCAUCUGUACCUAUGCCAGACAAAAGAAAAAACUCUCUUUUUAUAGAAGAAGAGAAAAAAAAGCAAAAUCUUGCUAAAUAUUAUGUGGAUAUCGCUGAAGAAGAAUUAAAUAGAGAGAUAGCUUUUCUAGAAAAAUUAAAUGAAGAUAUAGACAAAUCUUGGUCUAUCUUUAUUGAAGUAGGCAAAAAGCUAGACAGUACUAGACAGAGAUAUAUAGAGUCUGUGCAGACGCACAAAUUGAUUCAAGAGAAAGAAUCUUCUAUAGAAGAAGAGAUCUGCAACUACUACAGAAAAGAGAUAAAUACUCAAAUACCUACCGGCAUAGACCUUGAGUAUGACGAACAAAUAAAAAGGAUUGGCGUGAUGAAAGAAGAGUUAGACAAGAUGUGCAGUGACCAAAUAAAAAAGUGGGAUGCGUAUAAGGAAUACAACAAGGUUGCAAUCAACGGGUUGAAAAAAGGUUGUGACUCAAGAGAAGAAAAAAUCAAGUAUUUUUCGAUUUUAAUGCUCUUAGAGGAAAGGUUAGCUAUUCCAAUGGAAUAUACCAUAGAGGUAAAUAAUAAAGUAUAUGAUGAAGGAAAAAUGCUGCUUUCUGCGAGAGAAAAAGAGGCAGAGUAUUUUAAAAAGAACAACGAAGGAAAAGAGUCAGAAACACUAAACGAGAUAUUAGAAAUGCACACAAAGCAUAUAGAAAGUCUAGAAAAAAUGAAUGGUUUGUGGAUUGGUAUGUGUAAUAUACAGAAAGACCUUCUAUCUGAGGCAAGAGAAAAAUAUAAAGCGUAUGUAGCAUAUGAUAUAGCAAAUAGUAUGUAUGAAAAUGAGAAAAAAGUUUUUUAUAAGAGAAAAGAUGAAUUGGCCCGUGCAGAAGAGGUGUUGGAGAGAAAUAAUUCUAGAAUAUAUAGUGCUGCAUCUAGCUAG